AUGUUUCGGAGCGGCAAAAAGAAAAAGCCCAAGAGACCAGUGAUGGGUGAAAAACCAGGCACAAAUAUCCACGACUCGUCGUACGGAGGCAGCAGCUCGGAAGGCGAGGACGAAGGGGCGGGAGGCGUGGGGGCGGCAGGUCGAGGGGCGGAGCAGAGUGCGGCAGCCAAUGCGCUGCUCUAUGUUGGACUCGGUACAGUCGCCAUCGGAUUGGUCAUCGCCUUUGUUGGCACCGGCGAAAAGGGCUUCAAAACACUGGAGCUUCGCCUCAUCGGUCCGACACUCAUCUUCGGCGGCCUGCUGUGCUGUCUACUGCGCAUCCUGCUCUGCAUCUGUCCGUCGCGGUGCCCCUUCUGGGGGCGGAAGGGUGGGGGCGGGAAGCGGAGGCCUCCCGACCACGACUACUACCGCCAUCUGCCCUAUCGGUCGCGGACCGCUAACGACUUUCUGCUCGCCGAACCACCGCCUCCGACUGUCACAAACGCCUCCAGACAAGGGGGCGGCGACAAGAAACGUGUGUCAAUUGUGCAGACGCCUGGUGCCGUCGAUAGGAGGCCACCAAGGUCGUCUUCAACAUGGCGAGGAGGAGGAGGGGGAGACCCACUGCACGCAAGCGACUCAGUUGAGCUGCUGGAGCUGCGCAGCGGAGUGGGUGGUGGGGGCGGUCCAGGGGGUGGAGCGGGGGGAGCCUCGGCGAGCGGAGCGGACCUGCAUUCGGCGAGCAGCGAGGAUAGUUUCAACGAGUCGCUGGCGUUGGUCGAGGCGAGCGAAACGCGCAAACCUCGCGAUGAGCGGCUCGCGAGGUUGAAGUCCACGCUCACAUUCCAG